AUGGGGUUUGUGGCAAUGCUGCUAGAAAAUUUGCACUUCUCGCUCUUCACUCCACCUCCGCGAAGAUUUUGUCGUCGUGGGAGAGCUCGCGAGCGCUGCUGCCAUGGCUUCGUCAUCGCCGGGGAUUGCUGCUCCAUUCGCCACGCCGCCAAAGCUCAGAUCUCGAGAGAGCCAGCUGAUCGGAGCGGCGGAUUCGAGGGAAGGAAUCCCUUGAUCGGUGCAUUCCACGAGAAAGGGGACGUCGUGGCUGGGAAAUACAGGAUUGUUGGUGUUCUUGGCAGCGGUGGCGUGGGUGUUACGUAUGAGGCCGAGACCGAAAGAGGCGAUGCUGUGGCUAUCAAAGCCAUGUCUCUGAGAAACAUGAAAGGCUGGAAGGAUCUCGAUCUUUUCGAAAGGGAAGCUAGAGUGUUAAAAUCACUCCAGCAUUCUGGGAUCCCCGAAUACAUUGACUUCUUUGAGAUAGAAAACGAGAAAGAUAAAGGCUUUUACAUCGUCCAGAAGGUCGCAAAAGGAAAAUCGUUGGCCAAGCUAGUUGAGGAGGGAUGGCGAGUCUCUGAGCAGGAGGUGAAAGACAUCGCCAUCGAGAUUCUUGAUGUCUUGAAAUAUCUGGGAAGCUUGAGGCCUCCUGUCAUUCAUCGAGAUAUCAAGCCUGAUAACAUCAUAUUGGACGAAGCGACUGGCAAAGUGAAGGUGGUUGAUUUUGGCGCCGUGCAAGAUACAACAUCGUCGGCAACUUUUAUCGGCAGCACUGUUGUUGGCACGUACGGCUACAUGGCUCCAGAGCAAUUUCAAAACCGUGCCACGCUGCAGACUGAUCUGUAUGGACUUGGUGGAACGCUUUUGUUCAUGCUUUCGGGACGCUCUCCUGCAACGUUUCCUCAGAAAAGACUGAGGGUUGAUUUCCAAAACUUUGUUUCUGCGAGCCCAAGCAUGACGCGUGUGGUUGAAAAGCUUCUAGAACCAGCUCCUGAAGACAGAUAUCAGUCAGCUGACGAGGUGAUUCGGGCACUUCAAGAUGGCGAAUCUCCCGUUGUGGCAGGGGAGAGUUUUUUCGAUUAUGCUGCAAAAAGUCGAAAGCCAUAUGGAACAAAAGUUGUGUUGACGAGGUUCCCAGACUCCUUGACAAUCAGCAUUCCUCGAGCAGGUGUUGGUGCGGCUGCUGCUACUGGAACGUUUGCUUUGGCGUGGAAUUCAUUCCUCUUGCUUUGGACGUUCGGAGCACCAUUGCCAUUCGUUUUCUUUUCUAUCCCUUUCUGGUUUGUUGGAUAUGGUCUUUCCAAAGACGCGCUCUCUGCACUCACUGUUACAACUUUCAUAGAGCUUACGAAACGUUAUUUCUCAAUCGAAUGGAAGGUGGGAAACUUCUGGACACAUCGGGUUCAAGGCUUGACACAAGACAUCACUUCGGUGGAGCUUUGUGCGGAAUGGGUACGAAACAGGCGGCGGAUCAAAUCGUGCUGCAUCAGGGAAGGUGUCAAAGUCCACGAUUUUGGAGGGGGGCUGGAGCUGGUGGAGAAGAAUUGGCUAGUAAACGAGAUAUCGUCGUUCCUGGGGAUUCCCCCGCCGCCUCCAGUCUUGGAAGAGACUUUCGUGGAUAAUAGAGAACGCGACUUUUGGGGGAGAGAUCGAGAUUUCCAUGACGACUUUUGGUAGCACUUAGAACGAGACCGGCCUCAGGUACUGUGGAGAAUGUGCCAGGUAGCUAACUUGUAAUUGACUUUCAGGUACAGUGAGAAAAAUAAAAUACACCGUGUCUAUAAGGUGAAACCGGCUUCUUCUACGGUUAUCUAGUUCCUGGCAGACGAAAACUUCGGUAUAGCAGUGUGAGAUGAUGAAGGGACUCGGCUGCUUCGUUCUGCUGCUGGCGCUUUCGCCAUGUAUUCUUGCAGCUGUCUGCCCUCAGUACUGCAUCGCAAGCGCCGAUUACGUGAUCUGCGAGUCUCCGUCGCCUGCGAAGUAUCCGCCAGCGUGUGGGAACUGCUGCUUUGCAAAGGGAGAGAUUGGAAGCCUUGCAAAGAACUGCAGCAUACACCUCAAGGAUGGGACUCUUCUUGCUUGCAAUUUCUAGCUGCAAGAUUUGAUAGUGUCGUGUCUUAAGGUACUUUCCUAUUUGGAAGAACUAAUAUGUGUCUCUGUUAUAUCAAGUUUCUUGCUACGACUUCUCGGUCACUGCGAGAAUUUUCGCGCAGAAAUCGUGUCUAACUUGAACUCUUUUCCAUUCGUUUGACCGGUGCGAAGUUCCAGCAACUAUAAAAAUCGGCAUUAGUCGGGUAAAGUAUGAACUUGUCCAUUUGCAUUCCAGGAAGAUGAAGCUCGCUGUCUCCUGUGCUGUUGUGCUACUGCUGGUCUCUUACCAAUGCGAACUCGUCCCUGCAUGUCCACAGUACUGCCUCUCGGAUGCCGAUUAUGUGAUCUGCAACUCGCCCGUGCCUGCAAAGUAUCCGGUUUCGUGUGGAAACUGCUGCUUUGCAAGGAGCGCAGUCGGAAGCUCGAAGGAUUGUAGCAUUCACUUCACCGAUGGGAGACUUCAGGCCUGUGGCUUCUAGUUUCGUGACUAGAGAGUAACUUUCCUUCUUAAUAGUAGGCAUUUGAUCUUU